AUGGCGGCUCAAAUUGAAACGGAUCCUGCUUUAGAUCUCGGGAACGAGACCGAUAUAAGUGCAGAGAGUGAUAUCGAAUCUACGGCGUCCAUCACGUCGAGUAUCUUUGAGAAUCACUACUUCCAGGGCAGGUCUUAUGCGAAUCCCAAGUAUGGAAAGCAUUGGGCGCCGAACGAUGAAGAGCAACUCGAAGCACUCGAUCUUAUCCACCACUGGUUGACGUUGAUGCUUGAUGACAAGCUUUUCCUCCCCCCGAUUGGCGAUAACCCGCAGAAAAUCCUAGAUGUUGGUACAGGCACAGGAAUAUGGGCAAUUAACAUUGCGGAUGAGUUCCCCUCUGCCAAAGUCAUAGCCACAGACAUCACACCAAGCCAACCCAGCUUUGUCCCCCCAAACGUCGAAUUCCAGAUCGACGAUGCAACGCUGGACUGGACUUUUGAACCCGAGUCGUUUGACUUUAUCCACAUUCGCUUUUUACAGGGCACUAUUGACGACUGGGACAAGUUCUACGGCCAAGUGUACAAGUUUCUCAAGCCAGGUGGUUGGUUUCAGCACAUAGAGCCUGAUCUGCAGAUGUAUUCACAAAACCCAGAGGUCAAUGUUGACGACGAGCAGUACACACCCCACACUCCCUUCAAAUCCACAACUACUGACUCGUCCUAUAGUAUUUACACUCGCUGGGCAAAUGUGUUCAAAAAAGUCGGCAAAAAAACGAACCGUGCAUUUGAUUUCUCUGAUGAAAAGCUGGAAAAGCUCGCCAAAGCAGCCAAUUUCACUAAUGUGACGUACCAAUCACACAAAAUUCCCGUCGGCCGGUGGCCCAAGGAUAAGAAGAAGAAAGAGCUUGGGACUUUUGUAGGGUUGGCUUUUAGUCAAGCGCUGGAUGGGUUUAUCAAGUUGCCACUCUGUGAGAUUCUUCAGUGGAGUCCAGAAGAGAUGCAGAUGUUUGCGGUCGAGAUGAGGCAGUCGAUCAUGGAUCUCAAGACGCAGACUCUUGGAUAUGUAUUCAGUGUGUAUGGGCAGAAGCCAGAGGCUUGA